AUGCUCACAAUCUACGCCCUGGAGACUUCUGGAUGGCCCAUAAUUCAAUCUUUCCAGUUGCUGUUCGGCAGUGCCACGCUGAAGGUGGUUGUGCAGGACGAUCUCGGAAGUCCGGCCGUAGGGGUAGCCGUCCUAGCAAACACGACAACCUUCUUAGGGAUUGGAGAGACCGCGGUGACCGACCCCGACGGUACUGCCCUGUUCAAAAACGUUCCUAGCACGACAAUCAGCCUGAAGGCCGACGGCUCCGAAAACAAGGUCGCUGUCGGUAGCCUGGCUGGUGGACUGGUGGCAACGGUGAAUAUGAAGCUUCUUCCGCUGCAUCACCCUAUUGCCGGAGCAGGAGGGUUUGACGUCGAUAAUGGAACAUCAGGUUGGACGGGAGGCACCACGAAGACCAUCACGAAACGCGACGGUCGUCUCGUAAAGAGAGACACCGGGUUGGUUGUCAGCACAAACUUCUCCCCCGAUGUUCAGACAGCAUAUCAGUCUUUCGACCUCGCGGAGGGAGCGACGCUGGUGUACCUGAAGUACCAGUUUCAGACGGAGGAGGUGCCUGGCGGCUUCUUCGGCACCCAAUUCAACGACUACUUCAGCAUCGUGAUCCGCGCGGACGAUGAGUCUUCGACGACCGUCACCCACAGCAUGAACGAGCUAGGCCUCGGGGCUUUCGAUGCGGCAGGAUCGACCAAGGAGUUCACCACUCAGAUGGCCUUGGCGGAUGCCGCCCAGUACGUCGAGUUCAUGGUGGCCGUGUCGAACGUCGCCGACGAGCUGUACCAGUCUCAACUUGUGGUGCGGAAGGUGGGAGUAUGCGACAAGUGCGCUUCCUGCGACGACUGCCCAGACCUGGCAAAAUGCCAGGACGCCUGCAAGAAUCCGCCGGCCAACAGCUGCACCUUCUACCGGUCCUGUGCCGAGGAGACCUUGAAGUGCGGAAGCUCCGGAUACCCUAUCGCGUACGGCGAGCUUGCAUGCUACCGAUUCCAGAACAACAUCGACGAGUUCAGCACGGUCGGGAAGGCCUGGGUGACGAACACCGAGCAGUGUCUGCAGGAGGCACUCGUACCCUUCCUGAACUGCGACACGACUUGCGACGCGGUCAUGUUCGCUGGCUCCGACAGCCUGUACACGUGCUACGUGCAGAACGACAUCUGCUCGCUGGAGGGCAUGGACUACGUACGGAUCCUCAACGUCCUGGAGACGGAGGUGCAUCGAGGCGCACUCAGGGCCGCGAUCGGCUCCCAGGAAGGAUGCUCCAAGGCUAUCGUCAAGGCCAUCGACACCGACAUCCAGAAGAAAGUUGCCGACGGAGCGGCCGGCAGCGACGUGCUCCAGAACGCGGCGGAUGCCCACGCGCUCGCGCUCGCCAGGAAGUUCUACCUCAUGAUCAUCGAGGACCAGGAUCUGGACGUCGCCGCCGCCGUCAAGUACAUCAAGCAGAUACAGGACACCGCUGCGAUCUCCCCAUUUUCUGCCCGCGACCCAAACAUACUCACGACGGACUAUCUCCGACACAACAACUACAACGACUACCAGUGGACGCUGCUGGUCGGGGGCAUAUCGCCGCUGUGGAUCAUGUUCGCCGAGGCGGAAGGCGUGCAGAUGUACCACGGGUACACGGAUCCUGCGUCGCCGGCCAUCGUCAUGGACUUUGCCCACACCUUCGCGACGAUGGGGAGCGUUUACGUGAACGGAGAGAACAGCGCGGGAGACAUUACGGGGUGGCUCGGCGACCUCUUCACCUUCUACGGCGACUGGAAGCGGAGCGGAGUCGCGUCCGGCAAGGACUUCUGCGCGCAGAAUCUCGGGCAGCAGACGCAGAGCACCUUCCCCAUGGCCGACCUGCGUGGUGAUGCGGACGGGUACAACAUCGCGAUGGGGGUUAAGAACGGCGCCUAUCCCUCGAUAGCUGACGGCUUCGCGGCUGUGAUGCAGGGCGGGUACGCCAGCCGGUUCAAGGAUUUCUUCCAGGCCCGCUUCCAGGGCAGCGCCACCGUGGCAUCGUCGACCUGCAUGGACUACAUGACUGCGAAGGCGCUCGACCGUCCGCUGGUGUGGAAAGCGAGAAGGAGUCUGGCGGUGAAGUUCGGCGUGGUCCCCUUCCCGGAAGAUAUACCUCGAGCAGACCUCCAAGGAUUUUGCGAUGGCUUUGCAGACGCCCUGGCGAACUUUGCGGCUAAUGGUUAG